GGCGCUCCGAGAUCGCUGUCCUUGGACAGCCCCGGCGGAGAGCGGCUGGACGUCGGAGUGAGGGAGCCGGAAUUCAAAGCUUAACUCCACCUGCCAGCUUAGGCAAACGCCUUCCGCGCUCGCUCCGGGACUCGGUUCCCUCUUUGUAGUAGCCUCCGACUAGGAGCUCAGUGGAAAUGCCCGAUUCCGGGGCCCCCGGCCUCUGGGUUUCCCCGUCGGGAAGAGGAGGCAGCUACCCCCCAGCUCCGAAUCCGAUCACCCUUUGGUUUGCCCCCAGAGGAACUAGCCCGGCCGGCCCCGAGGCCGGAGCGUGUCCGGAGGAAGGACCCGGGUCUCCCUUUGCGGAGGACAGCCCCAGGGACCGAGGAAUGACCCGAGGACCCAGCUGGGGACUUUGGCUGUCCUUCAAGGCCCUGCCUGGUGCGGGGAUCCCCGCACCUUAGAGAUGGGGAGCCCAGGGGCCCAUGGAGGGGAGACCAAGAAUCCCCCUCCCCUCUUCCCCCACCCAGCGCCCAGCCCCAUCGGAUUCCAGGGCCCCUCGUGUUCUAGGGCCCCGAGUGGGUGUCUUCUCGCUUCUACUAGACAGUAGGCUCUGGGGGUUCCCCUCAUGCCUUCUCUCUGCGCCCCGGGCAGGCUCGCCUGUCAAAGAUGGCUUGGUUGAAUGGAGGCCCGAUUUGGACUAGGGGGGAGCUGGGGCAGCCGGUUUACCCUCAUCCCACCUGCCUUCUCAGAGUUCCUGGAGCCAGCACCAAAAGGGUUAACCUGAGUGGAUGAAACCAAGGGGCCGCUGGGAGAUGUAGUUCUCCUGAGGCUGCUGGGAAAUGAAGUCAGCCGGAGUCCUGCAGUCCCCCUCCCUUCUGCACAGUCUGGGUGACAUCAUAGUCUCCGGAUUAAAGGGCCAGAUUGGAAUGGAGAGGAGGAGGAGUAACCCCGCCCCGGGCCGGACUCGCUCCCCCCCACCCCAUGAAAGGAUGGGGACUCACCCUGGGGGUGACAGAACAAAAACAAACAAGAAACUAAUGGAAGCUCCUCCUGAAGGGCCAUUCUUGGAGGCCAGGAGCUCGGAGUGUCCCUCCUGAAGCCUGGCCCCCUUCCCAGCACCCCCCAACCGGCCAGACCCCCUUCCCCCACCCCCAUGGCCUGCAUCCAGAGCCCUCCAGCCUCUCUGCCCCCAAGCAAGGACCCCCGUGCCCAAGCCUUUCUCCCCUCCCCCUGGGGCUUCUCCAUCCCUGCUGUAUCCCCCCAUGCAUUCCCCAUCCUCUGUGCCCUCAGAGUGGGGGCCCUGUCCCCAAUGCCCCCAUCUCUUCUUCUCCAUGGCUGCCCCAUGCCCCAGAAGCCUCUGCAGCCGCCAAGUGGCCCACCUCUGGUGCCCUUUGCCCUGUUGCCUUUCCAGCAUCCCCUGCGGGCUGCCGCCCUCUGGUCCCCGGCCCUUAGUCCCUCUCGCUUGAAUGCACUGGACCUUGCUCCUUGGAAGCGGCCGUGUGGUCAUUUUGGAGGAGGGCGGCUCGUGGCUGGGGGAGCAGGAUGGGCCGGGACAGGGGCCUGCGAGAGGCCGAGGGGCCAGGGAAGAGCCCCCAGAGCCUGGGAGGCCUGCUGGUGCAGGUGGGAGGAUGGGGUCGCUUCCAGAUGGUCCACUUGGCCAUCGUGACUGUGCCUUUUGCCUUUGUGGCCACCCACAGUUUUCUCCAGAACUUUACGGCCUCCAUUCCUGAGCAUCACUGCCGGAGCCCGGGCGAGCGCUGGCCGGUGGAUGCCCAGGGACGCCGGGAGAGGUGCCUUCGCUUCCGAGGCAAUGCCACCAACGAGACGGAGACCUGUGUGGAGGGCUGGCUGUACAACCUCUCUACGGUUCAGAGCACCAUCGUUACCGAGUGGGACCUGGUGUGCAGCCUGAAGAGCCUUCACGGGGUGGCCCAGUCGGUCUACAUGGCAGGAGUGUUCCUGGGGGCCGUCGUCUUCGGGGGCCUGGCGGACAGGCUGGGCCGCCGGGCCGUGUUCCUCUGGUGCCUCCUUCAGGUGGCCUCUCUGAGCACAGGCGCCUCCCUGGCCCCCUCCUUCCCCAUCUACUGCGUCUGCCGCUGCCUGUGUGGCUCGGGCAUGUCCGGGGUGGUGCUCAACGGCUUGGGCCUGGUUCUGGAGUGGACGCCACCGUCUCGCCGGGCAGCAGUGUCUGGCUUCCUUUCCGUCGUUCUCAGCCUGGGGCAGCUCAAUCUGGCCUUUUUGGCUUUUGGCCUCCGGCACUGGAGGCACCUGCAGCUGGUUGCUGGAGCACCCUUUGCCCUCUGCUUCCUCUGUAGCUGGUGGCUUCCAGAAUCUGUUCGGUGGCUGAUGGUGAGGCGGCACCUUCCAGGGGCCCUGCGGGCCUUGAGACUGGUGGCGGGGAUCAACAGGAUGCCCACAGCCGGGAUCCAGCUCUCCGUGGAGAUGCUGGAAUCAGACUAUUCCCAAGAAGAGGCAGGAAGAACUCAGGGGUCCUCUGCCCUGGACCUGUUUCGAUCUCGAGAGAUGCUGGUCCUGUUGGCUUGUAUCAUGUGCAUUUGGUUCUCUGCCAGCCUUUCCUUGUAUUCCCUGGCCUUGAAUCUUCAGCGUUUCCCUGGGGAAAACCCCUACCUAGUCCAGAUUAUCCUGGGGGUCAUAGACAUCCCCUUUCGCCUGCUGGUGCCCAAGCUGGCCAACUGCCUAGGACGCAAGCUUACCCUGGUCUCCUGCCUGAUGCUCGGAGCAGGACUCGUGCUGGGGACCACCCCAGUGCCACAGGAGCUGGGCCGCCUUCGGAUGGGACUGUCCGUGCUGGCCAAGGGGCUGAUGUCCGCCUCCCUCAGCUGCACCGUGCUCCUCGCCUCAGAGCUCUUCCCCACCUCCAUCCGGCUGACUGGGUUGGGGAUCACCAACAUGGUGGGCCACCUGGGCGGGGCCGUCGCCCCCCUGGUCCUGCUGGCAGGCACCGCCAACGCCCUGCUGCCCCCCUUGCUUUUUGGCAUCAUUGCUCUGGCGGGCGGCUUCCUAGUUGUCUUCUUGCCUGAGACGAAGGGUCUGCCCUUGCCCGACACCUUGGAGCAAGCCCAGAGCCAGGUGCGGAGAUGCUGGAGCCGACUGCUGAGGACGCCGUGGCCGGGGGCCCUGCAGACCAAGCUCUGACGACAGCCCGCAUCUGCCCCGGAGGAGCGCCACGUCUCGUCCUGCCUCCCAGGCUCUCCUUCACGCGGGGAGUUUCCCCAGCUGGGGGGGGGUCGAGGCUCAGUCAGGGGCCUCUUAUUACACAUUGACUCGCUCA